GCCAUCGGACCAGAGUUGCCGUAACAAGGCUUGUCAUGCCACGAUUAAAAUGGUGACACGGCAAGCAGACACUUCAGAAGAAUUAAGCGUUUAUCCGUGAGGAAGGGAUGAGUUUCAAGCCUCGGAGUUGAGUGUUUAUGUUCUUGGGGUCGUCGGGUCGGAGUUUGAAGUCUGCCGUGCUGCCCGUGGAUUAACGCGAGGCUCCAUUCCGCUGUCAUCUGUCGGUUAAAGUAUGGAUCCGAGGACUGUGCCUUUGCUUCGAGUGUGAGCGCUUGCGUGAUCGUGGAAAAAGGCGUUUUUUUUUAAAGCAAGUCAACACUGAAGGACUCCGGAUAAGAACCACGGACACUUGUUGAAAAUACAACUUGGCUGGCGAGCUGAGCUAACUGUUAGCACGCUCUCGGCUAACGGAGCAUACUACUUUUGUUGACUAUUUUAAGCGAAACCAUCUAGAGACGAUUCAGUCGGAUGUAUGUUGACCAACCGUGUGUCGAAUUAGAGCGUCGACGUCAUUUUUUCAUUUGUGUUAAGUGCGUGAAAAGGUUACAGGUGGAUGUGAAAGCUCAGUCAGUUUAGCUAGCGCAGCUACUUGCUAGCCUGCUCACGUCCAUGUUAUGUUUCACAGCUUUGACAGAUAACAAUAUCAACUUUUUUUAAAGUCAUAACUUGCGGGCAAAUGCUUGAUUAACUCAGUUGUGACAAGUUCUUUAUUCCCUCCCAAUACACAUCAUCCAUACAUACCAAUCGGAUAUAAGUCGACUUUUUGAUGGAGUACCACCCACAGAAAGAUCUUGGAAGAUAAAUACUAUCAUUUUUUUUUUUUUAAUUUUCCAAAGUAGUUGAAGGGCGCAGCAUGUCCGGCUCCCCGGGCACAGGGGGCUCAAACCCCCGGAAGUUCAGCGAGAAGAUAGCGCUGCACAACCAGAAGCAGGCAGAAGAGACGCGGGCCUUCGAACAGCUGAUGACGGACCUGACUGUCUCAAGGGUGCAGUUUCAGAAGAUCCAGCAGCUUCGUUUGUCUCAGCCACGACCACAGUACUAUGGAGGGUCUUUGCCCAAUGUCAAUCAGAUAAGCAACACCAACACUGAAUUUCAGGGUGGCUUUCCAGCGGGACUGGAUUCCGUUCGAGGUACUCGCCACCAUGGGCUGGUUGAGAGAGUGCACAGAGAACGCAACCGCAUCAACGCUCCCCAUCGCAGACCCAUUGACAAGCAUGGGCGGCAGAUAGAGAGCUCUCCGUAUGGAACAGUAUACCUCUCCCCUCCUCCGGACAACAGCUGGAGAAGGGAUCAGCCUCCAUGGAGUGAGGAAAAACGACCAGGGUUUAGAUUGAUAUCACAACUCAACAGAACCAACUCAGACUCUGCUCUUCAUACAAGUGCUAUGAACCCACAGGACCCCUUCAGCGUGAACAGGCAGAUGGGCCGAGGUCCCCCUCAGCGCAAUGGCUGGCAUGGAGCUAGUAUAAAUGAGACACAGGUGGAUGGGUCUGGAGAUGUGUUUUCUUUUCCAACGCUACCAAAUGACGAGAGUCUCCUUGGUGUCAGUAGGCCCCUCCCCAAGCAACUGUGGGAAGCCAAAAAGGCCCAAUCUCUUGCAUCAAGGCCUAAAUCCUGUGAAGUGCCUGGUAUCAAUGUUUUCCCUUCUCCAGAGCAAAAUUCUGGUCUUUCCCACUACCAGGGCUCAUUAAACACUGGAGGCUCUCUACCCGAUCUCAGCAACCUGCACUUUCCCUCCCCCCUCUCCACACCACUGGACCCUGAAGACAAUGGAGGAUACUCUAAUAUUAGUGGGGGAAGUAGCACCGGAAACCUGCCGGCUGCCAUGAUGCACCUAGGCAUUGGCAACUCACAGGGCCUCUCCUCUUCUCUGAGUAAUCCUGCAAUGCAAGCGUCCCUUAACAACUGCCAGCUUCCUGCUUCUCUCAGCAAUCCCUCCAUCAACUCAUCUCUGCGUCUUUCUGGUAACUCUCCUCGACGAAGACCUGCACCUAUCAGCCCCCUCACCCUGUCUCCUGGUGCGGAGCAACGUCGGGGUCUGACUAAGCAGUUGUCUCCCACUAUGUCCCCAUCACUGUCUCCUAUCACACAGAGAGUUGCUUUAGAUACCAGCAACAUGCCAAGGGAACCUCCCCCUCCUUAUCCGCUCUACCAGCAAUCCCAGCAUGGAGCGGACCAGACCCUCACAUUGCAUCAACAGCAACCUGUGUCCCCUCUGGACUUUAACCCAAGUCAACAGUCUGGCUGUUUUUUUUGGCAGCACAACAUGGCAGCACUCUUUAGUGAUUCCUUCAUGGAGCAGCAGUUCUCUAGUCGCCAGAGCAAAACCCUCCCAUACCAGUUGGACCACUUCAGUCUGUUGGAAAACGCAGUGGCUUUUACAGCAGCUACAUCUUGCUUCGACCCUUCUUCUUCCUCUCUGUACUACUCCCAGGCUGGCCUUACAGGGCUGGGUGGUAGCCACGGUAACUUGCAUGACCCCAUGCACAUGAGUUCAAACAUGCUGUACUCCAACUGCAGUGGAGGAGUGCCCAACAUCAUACUCACCGCAGAUGACUCCCACCACAGUCUGUCUAAAGACAUCAGCAGUGUGCUCUCCACCGUGCCCGAGUGUUUCGACUCAGAAGGAGGCUUCCCACUGGAAGACGAGCUGCACAUUGAGCCCCUUAGCCUGGACGGUCUGAGCAUGCUCAGCGACCCUGACAUGGUGCUGCCAGACCCAUCUGUGGAGGAUACUUUCCGCAGCGACAGACUCUGAAUGUGACUUGUCACUCACACACACACACACACACACACACACACACACACACACACAUUUGCAGUGUAGCCCGUGGAGUGCAUGAAUGUGAUUAUGCAUGUCUUGAUGCAUGUAUUGACUGCCGCAAUGCAUCAUGAGCGAGGUGGACACCACGCAAGCAAUUCUACCCUUUCUGAGAAGUUGGAUGGUAAAGGAAACUAGUUUACAUCUGACAUCGCUUAAGCUCACGCCUGUUGUGCAUUCGUGUCGGUAAAAAAAACAGUUGUUUCUCUGCAGGCUGCCUCUCCCGCUUAAAUGGGGAGGAAAUCCAAUGAGCGGUCGAGGCCGUCCGUUGUCCUUUUUUUUUUUUUGUCAGUCCCCUUUGUAGCCAUGGCAACAUUAUCACCAUGGCUACAUACCAUUGCCGAGCUGCAGAGAUGCCAACACACAGUUGACUUUUCUCACAGCUCCCAUAAACAAGUGUCUGAUCAGAGGUGCUCUGCUGGAGUCGUGCCACACGCGUGGAAACUAAUGUAAAGUACCGAGCGGCUUCAGGCUCUCUGACAAUCACGUCGAAUGAUGCAAUGAAAAUUCUAUCAAAUUAUUUUUGAGGCCACACACACACAUAUACAGGU